AUACAUUACGGCAUAACAAACGCAGCAUAUUGGCGGUAUUGGUAUGCAUUAGUUUGGUUGGGGUUGUCCGGGUUUUUGAUAUAUGCCAGAGAAUGCGGAAUCGCGAUAAUUUAGAAAUUGUCGUCUGUUGAAAUGAAGGUAUGAUGGAUGUCAUCAAAACCGAAGCUAUCAGCCCAUAACAACGUAGCUGAGUAUCAGCGGGAGGUGAAGUUGCCGUCCGUCGGCGGCGCCGUCUGUGGACAGAGCGGAGCGGGGCGGACGCGUAAGGGCGCACGGCCAUGGGCUCGGAGCACAGCACGGCCGGCGCCGGCCGAGCGGAGCGGGAGCGGGAGCGGGCGCGCCCGGCGGGCACGCCCGUCUCGCCGCAGAACAGCGUCUGCUCCGACGCCGAGGUGCCGUACGUCUCGUACACGCAGAACCUGCCCAUCGGCGACGCUGACUCGCCGCGGCCGGGCGGCCGCCGGCUGCGCCCCGGUCGGCCGGGCCGCUCCAAACAGGCCCCGCUGCUGCCCAAGGAGAUCGUAGUGGUGAAGGCGGCCGAGGCGGCGUCCGCCGCCGGCUCCGACGAGGACCCCGACCUGCGCCGCCUCAGGCUGAUCCCGCACUUCCUGCCGGUGAUGAGGGGCGCCCUGACACUGCCGGGCUCGCGCGACCCGGACGUGCUGGACCGGCUCGACUCGGCCGCCGUCCGCCAGAUGGCCGGCCGACUGCAGCGCCACCUGGCCACCAGCGCCGAGCGCACCGCCGCCCGCCAGGCCGAGGUCACCGCCAAGGUCGCCCAGCUGGACCAGCAGUCGGUGGCGCUGCUGUCGACGGUGACAGAGCGCCAGCGGGCGUUCGCGCGCCACGCCGAGCGGCUGCAGAAGGUGGGCGAGGUGUCGCACGCCGUGCAGCGCUGCCACCUGCUGCUCGACGACACCGUGCGACAGCUGCGCGAGCUCAACCAGCAGCUGCCCGAGGAGCAGCGGCUGCAGCCGCUCGCCCUGGCCUCCGACUGAUCGGCGACGCGCCGCCAGCCGGCUCGGAGAAGUGUCAGCGGUUUCGGAGAACUGAGGGCUAUCGCGGUGAAACACAUGCCGUCUCGGAGAACGCCCGGCUGUCUCGCAGCUGCCUGUGAGAAGGCCUCAGUCGGCCUGCCGGCUCCGGCCGACGGUCCGGCGAGCGGCGCGCUCAGCGGCUCGCGCCGGCCGACGACCGACAGCCCCGCGCUGACGGCCGAGCCAGCGACGGCGCGAGAGCGUCCUGCCCGCCAUCCGUCGAGGGCCCGUCGGGGCGCACGGGGGUCUGACCGGACUCCGCCUUGAGACCCGUGGCGCGCGGCACGGGUCGGUGCCGCCGCAGGCUGGCGUCCAGGUGUGCGGCGGCGUCGCCUCGUCACGGACCGGGCCAGGGGUCGCUAGUGUGCCACGUCAUUAGCUGGAGUGGCGGACUUGUGUCACACCGCAAUACGGAACGAUGCGUCGAAUGUUUACGAUGUUCACUGUACUGAAAUGUUUGUUAUAUUGCUGUGGAAAGGAAACCGUGCCGCGUGGUUGAUUGCGAAAUGCGUUAUUCAUGCGUUAUGCCUGUGGCACGAUUACUGGUGGGAAUACCUAAACCGAUUUACUUUAUGGAGUUGUCCGUGUUUGACGCAGUGCCGGCAUGCAUGUCAUUCCACGUCCGACGCUUGUCUCAAGGUAAGCUGAAUGAGACAAAGUCUGAGUGUCACAAAUAGCGCUAACUGAAGUGCAGUCUUUCACUCUGGCGUCGUACUGCCUGGUUCAAUCGAAACGCUCCGCUGUUUAUGGACGACCGUGGCAUAUUGCCGCCCGGUUUCCACAGAGUUUUUAUCCCAAUGUUUGUGUGUUUUGUUCUGCGUGUCCAGGCUACUCCUGGUCCGUCACAUGUCGCUAUCUGUAUGUCAUGGGGAUAUCCAUUGAAUAAACCAAUUCG